AUGCCUCGUUUAACCACACGGCGGUUGACGAUUCUUCUCGCCGCUGUGUCGCUCUCCGCCUUUUGUCUCGUUACUCUUCUCACAUCUGCGCUGCCAUCCUCGCCGAGUUUGUCCAAAGCCGAGCGAAAGACUACGACAAAACCUCGAGUCUACGAUUCCACCGCCAAAGGCGCGCAACGGCCAGUCACUCCGCCAUCAACACCGCCGCCACGGCAAAGCAAUGAUGCAUAUGCCAGAUCGUCGUGGCUGGCAGACCCCCAGGGCUUGUCCAAAGUCUUCUCCAAUGAAGUGACUUUGGACGACGACAGAACUCUUCUUCCGAAUUUGCAGAGUCGCCCGCCGAUAUACUGUUACUACGACGCGCUCGAUCAAACCGAGGCCGCCGAAAAUAAUACAGAUGCUGAGCUGCUACUUAUGUGGCGACGCGCUUGGUGGGCGCGGGGAUUCAAGCCCUUGAUUCUCGGUCCAGACGAGGCAAAGACGAAUCCCCUCUACUCCAAGCUCGACACGAUGAAUGUCGGAGUUCAGCUAAAGAGGGAUCUCUUGCGCUGGCUCGCGUGGGACACGAUGGAUGGCGGCCUGCUCUCACAGCCUGUUCUCUUCCCGAUGGGUACCGACUACGACUUUUUGCCUUCUCUCCGACGCGGCCAAUACAGCACGUUAUCGAGGGCAGGCAACAUGUCGAGCGCGCUAUUUUGGGGCUCUCGGGAGCAGGUGCACCUAGCGGUUCGGAACGCAAUGGAGUCGGUUGACAUCAACUCUGCCAAUUCGCUUCUAGAUGUCCUAGCCGCCGACGCAAUUGCAGAGGAAGAGGCUUCGACUGUGCUAGCUUUCUACAAUGCCACCACCAUCGCCAAAAAGUAUCCCAAACUCGUGCUCGACAAAAACAAGCACCAGUUCGGAGCUCUGCGCAACGAGCUUAUCAAUGCCCACCUUCAGUCCUCUUGGCAAAAUUCCUACGCCUUGGGUAUCGAUGUUGUCAAGCCUUUCCCGGAACAUAUGACCGCCAUGGUGCGGAAUGCCACUGCUCUGGCCGAAGCUCUGGCAUCGUGUCCGCCCACGCCCCUUGCCGGCUCAUGCCCUCCCAAUCUUCCUAAAUGCGGUCCCUGUGGCGCCACAACACCCUUGGUUGUCAAGACGCCCAAGGCAUUCAUGAACGAAAGCAAUGUGUUUACAAUCGGUGUGGUCCCCCACCCGUGGACACGCACCGUCCUGGCCAGCAUGGAGGAAGGCUUCAACGCCACCGUCAUUCGCGAUUCUGAACGGGAUGGCUGGCUGUAUUCCGUGACUGCGAGCCUGCUUGGCGGUCAUCGAUCACGAUACUCGCAAGUCUUGCAAUUCAAAAAGGCCGUAUCAGGCGACACCGCCGACACGCGGUCGCUAUGGUUCACCGCCGAGGACCCGUUCCCCACCGAGCUCGACUGGUACUUUGGCUUCGCCAUCCCGCAGAAGCUCAUCGACGACGGCCGCUCCGAGAGCCCCGUACCCUCAGACCACAUCAACGACAAGGACCGGCCCGACCUUGCCUACGGGCCCAAGGCCACGAGCGAGACCGAGCGGGAGAGGGAGCUCGCCAUCUUGGAUCGUGCCAAGGAGGCCGUCAUUGCCGUGCCCCGUGACGCCGUCGCCGGCACCACCGAGACGAUGCGCCGCCGUGCAUCGCUCGAGGCCUGGCACAUGGCCGACACGGAGGCGUGGCGCUUCACGCGCGCGACACACGACCGCCGCACCCUAGAACGCAAGCAGUGGGAGGACAUGGCCAAGUACACCGAGAAGCAGCGCCUGAUCAGCGAUGCCGGGUGGAUGCCAGGCAUGAAUGUCACGGGCGGGAACCGACGCAAGGAAGCGGAGAGAAAGGCCAAGGCACGAGACUAA